AUGGAAGACACCCUUCUCACCUCACAGGGUCAAACCAAUACUAUUUGGGCUGGUAAUAUUCUCAAUAUCCAUGAUGUACCAAACAUUUGGCACAUUCCUCUCUUACUUAGGAACCAAAAUGCUCAUCAUUCAAUUCUUCAACAACUAAAUUUACUAAGCAUUGCUAUGCCUCCUGAACUAAGAGAUUGGACCAAGAUGGCAGAGACUUACGAUAAUCUCACAAAUUCUGUGAGGAUUGCCAUGGUGGGGAAGUACGUUGGCUUUACAGAUUCAUAUCUAUCUGUAGUGAAGGCCCUUUUACAUGCUUGCGUCGCAUGUUCUUUAAAGCCAUCAAUUGACUGGAUUGCCGCUUCUGACCUUGAAGAUGACAGUGCCAAACUGACACCAGAAGCACAUGCUGCUGCAUGGGAGACUCUAAAGAAUUCUGCAUGCGUCUUGGUUCCCGGCGGAUUUGGAGAUCGUGGAGUGAAAGGUAUGAUAUUAGCUGCAAAGUAUGCCAGAGAGAACAAUGUUCCUUAUCUUGGGAUUUGUUUGGGCAUGCAGAUUUCCGUGAUUGAGUUCGCAAGAUCCGUUUGGAGUUUAGAAAGGGCAGACAGCACAGAGUUCGAUGAACAUACACCAAAUCCUGUUGUAGUUUUUAUGCCCGAGGGUUCAAGAACACAUAUGGGAAGAACAAUGAGACUGGGAUGCAGAAGAACACUUUUCCAGACUCCUGAUUGCAUUACUUCAAAGCUGUACCAUAACUCGGAGUAUGUGGAUGAACGGCAUCGGCAUAGAUAUGAGGUGAACCCAGAUGUUAUUGGAAUUCUUGAAGAAGCGGGCCUAAAAUUUGUAGGGAAGGAUGACAGUGGAAGACGAAUGGAGAUUUUAGAGCUUCCAAGCCAUCCAUUCUAUAUAGGAGUGCAAUUUCAUCCAGAAUUUAAAUCACGGCCUGGGAAGCCCUCAGCUCUCUUUUUAGGUACUAGUACAAACAAGUGA